GCCACGAAAAAUUAAACCUACCACUUCAUUUGAGGCCAAUUCCAUAUAUCUCAGAUCUGAUACAUACAUACAUACAUAUAAAUGUAUAUGUAUAUGUAUAUAUGUAUGUUAUGAGUCAUGAUAGUUUGAUGGUUAAUUAGUUUAUGGCAGUAGUAAUACCGGAAGCAGCAAUCAUGAGCAACGAUAAUAAUAAUACCAAUAUUAACGUAGUGGACGACGACAGCAACCAGGACAUCAGCAUCAGCAGCAUCGGCGAAGAUGAGCACGAGCACGACGUGGUGAUGCCUGGUUUUCGAUUCCACCCCACCGAGGAAGAACUCGUGGAGUUCUACCUUCGACGUAAGGUCGAGGGCAAGCGUUUCAAUGUCGAGCUCAUCACUUUCCUUGAUCUUUAUAGCUAUGACCCCUGGGAGCUUCCUGCCUUGGCUGCAAUUGGGGAGAAAGAAUGGUUCUUCUACGUGCCGAGAGACCGGAAGUACAGAAACGGGGAUCGACCGAAUCGUGUUACGACGUCCGGUUACUGGAAGGCAACCGGAGCAGACCGUAUGAUUCGAGGCGAGAACUCUCGAUCCAUUGGUCUCAAAAAAACCCUAGUCUUCUACUCCGGUAAAGCUCCCAAGGGAAUCCGAUCCAGUUGGAUUAUGAACGAGUAUCGACUGCCUCACCACGAAACCGAACGCUACAGAAAGGCGGAAAUAUCUCUUUGCCGGGUGUACAAGAGACCCGGCGUGGAGGAUCACCCGUCGCUACCCCGUUGUCUUCCGACGCGGCGGCCGUCGGAUUCUUCCAGGGGACAAAUAUCGAUGGAGAGGAGAUAUCCCCAAGAGGCAGCAGCAGCUCAACAAACCAUGGAAAAAAUAAGUGAAACCGAAGGAAGCAAUAGCACAAGUGCCUCUGAUGUUACAACAACUAUCGGACUCUCGAAGCGGAACGUAUACCGUCCGAUGGCUCCUCCUCCGAUCAGCACAACACUCGGAUUACCAUCUGGAAUGGAAGGUGAAGGAAUGUUGUCAAACCACCAAACCAGGCAAGGCUGCUGCUCUUUACUCCCCAAUCCCACCACUCACUUUCCACUAGGCCCUUCUUCCGUCCCGCCGAACAUCCUCGUCGAUGAUCUCCACCUGCAAGUAAGCUUCCGACAACCUACAUUGAACCAGCAGCAAUACUACAAUCCAAAUCAUGUCCAUCUCCAUAAUCAUCAACAACAACAGCAACCGGAGUUUUCGACUCUGACAGCACAAUCACAGGCACAACAGCUUUCUCUGAACGUCCUACAAGCGACACAACCGAGCCCGAUGACCUUGUUGGACAGGCUUUGGGAGUGGAAUCCGAUCCCGGAAGGUAACAACCCUUUUAAGUAGGCGCCGCUGCUACAUAUAUAUAGAUAUAAACUAUAUGUAUUACUACUAAUCUGUAGAGGUGGUCUUAUUCCUUUAGAGUGAUUAUUUGUUGCUGCUGUUUAGGUAGAUAUGUUGUAGGGUGAGGCUG